AUCCUUCAAAAGAAAGAGAAGUGUGUCAUCAAGCGACGCACACGGAGAUAUCCAAAAGUGAUAAGCAGCUCUGGUAAACAAAGCAGGCUCCAAAAGCUUAAACACCAGGUGUCAGUCCAAAGCAUAGACUUACCACGUUUUGCAUUGUUUCAAGAAGCGAUGCUAGGCCCGGUGUAUUAAAGAAGGCCGGUCACGGUGAAUCUUGCCCAGAAAAACCAAAUUAAAAAGAAAAAAUUCUUCAUUUUGAUUGGAAACUAUUUGAUUGAUUUAAAGAAUGAGGCUUACCGUAAUGCUUUCGAAGAUCGCGAAAUUUUCUACAGAUUAUUCUAAUCUUCCUGAAUCCUAUAUUAAACGAGCGAUGAGACAAGUUUAUUGGGAAGCACCAAGAGAUUUGCCACAAUAUCUGCCUGUAACUCUAGAAAAGAAAAAGUUUAGGUACACCAUGAAUCGACCAUGGACGGAAGAGUUUCGGAGACAAAAUCUUAGCCGAAGGAAAAAAGUUUUUGUUGAGCCACUUAAAGAAUGGACAUUUUUUAGAGGAGAUAGAGUAGAAGUCUUGGUUGGAAAAGAUAAAGGAAAGAUAGGAUUGGUGAGCCAAAUCAUCGAGGAAAGGAAUUGGGUUGUUGUUGAAGGCUUAAACGUGCAUUACAGGUGGAUUGGAAAGACCGAUGAUUACCCGGGUACAGUAAUUCAGUCAGAAGCACCUCUUUUGGUCACGAAUGAGGUUGCAUUGGUUGAUCCUUCCGAUGAUAAAGGGACUAAAGUAGAAUGGCGGUUUACAGAGCAAGGAGAGAAAGUACGAGUUUCCAAAAGAACGGGUCAUAUAAUACCAGUGCCGAUAUCAGCUUCGGAAACUAUUGACUUUAAAGCAAAGGCUGGAUACCCAGAAACUCGGGAGAUGCGAAGGUUUUGGAGCUCUGCCAACAUUAUUUGCACGUUCAUAAUUCGGGCAUUAAUUGUCAGUCUGACACUGAAUCGGAUUUUGAUUUCGGAUCGGAUUAUGGUGCCAUUUCCUUGGCCCACAAACGUGAAGGUCUCAGCAAGUGUCUUGAGCUGAUGGUUUACUUUUUGGACGUGCACAUCUUUAUCGUACCUUCGACCGUUAUCCGAGAAGGAUGGAGCAUUAUGGCUGACAUCGUGAGAUGGAUUUGUAUGCAAGGGACGGACGAUUGCCUGCGUUCUGUGGUAGAUCUUUGGCAUAAUGAUAGGAAAAGGUGGUGGCUAUGCUUCCGUCUUCCACGUUCCGGGCCUCCUUUGAAUUUACCACAUGGUGACGCAGAAUUUCUCUCCAACAAAGUAUUUGUCUGCUACGUUUUGGAAUCCCAUCAUCAUCCGUUUGUCGCCACCCUAAGGGAACAUCCAGAGUGCAAAUUACUGAAAUCCCUCAUUAAACAGCUAAGCCAUCACAAA